UUCAUUUUUCUCUGCAAAAUCUCAGAAAAGCUAGGGUUUCAAAAAUCAAAUCAAAUCCGUUAGCUUGAGAUUUUGACGAAUCGGCGCCAUACAUGUUAUGUAAUAGUGGAAUUGAGUUUGAUUUGGGGACUCUCCUUAGAUCAGUGAAGAAAACCAUUAUGGGUUGUUUUUUUGGGUGUUUUCGUGUUAAAGAUGAUAAUCAAACUCAUCAUAUCAUCUCCGAUUCUUCUAACAAAAAAGAUUCAAGGAAUCGGCUAGCGGAGUUACUUUUAUCUGAAUCUCCAGGUGAAAAUGAGGUUUCUCCUAUCAGUGACAAGGAAAUUACAAAGGAGCUCAUAGAUGAGGCCAAGUUCCUUAAAUCUUGUGGUACACUGGCAGAAACACCUGCUGAGAUACGCAAAACCUAUGCUGGGGUAGACCAUUCGACAACUCCUGAUGGAGAUUCCGAGAAUAAUAAAUUUCAUUCAUGGAUGCCCAGUACGUCAAUCAAGAAGCUCCAGUGGGAGGAGGAGCAACUCAACCAGGUCUCUGAUUCCUCUGCAAAACUAUCUGAAGAACCGGUAAAAGAGUCAGAUUCUUCAGAGCAUCAACCUAGCAGCUCUGUAUCUGGCGAGCAGAAGUUCAAGGCAUUAGAGAGCAAUGGCGUUGAGAGUCCUGAUGCAUCAAGCAAGACACCAGUGCAGCUUAUUGAUGAUGAUGCGUCAUCCCCAGUAUCACAGAUUCCAAUCGAGAUGACGCAGUGUAAGAACAAGUCUGUACGCUUUGAUUGUGAUCCAUCUAGUGCCCAAAGCUCAAACCAGUCUGAUUCCAAUGGUAGUAAUGAAGGAUCAAAGUGGUCUCCUUAUCCUACCCCAUUGAAGAUAACUGAUGAGAUGCAAACUCCUGGAACAGUUUAUGCAACAAACCCGGAGAACCUUACAAAUGGGAAAAAUCCUAGAAUCAGGUGCCAGUAUGUAUACCCAGCUGGAAACCCUGCUCAAGAGUUUACACAGUGGAAUGUGCUGAACGAGGAAGAUGAAAACACCACCUCAGAGUGUACAUCUGUUUCAUACUCGAGUCAGUCAGUGGUGGAGCAUGACAAAGAAGCUAAAACUGGUGAACAUGAGGCGGUUGUAGAGUUCUCUAAGUGGCUAUCAUCUUCUCCAAAGAGCGAGAGUGUUGGAAACUAUGAGACAUUAUCUAGUGAAAGAUCACACAGUAAAACUCCCGAGGAGGACAGACCUAUUCUUGGAACUGUUGCUGCACACUGGAAUGAUGACGAGUCGACUCGUAUCUCGUCCAAGUGGUGGGAUGGUAAUGGGAUCCCGAAUUCGACUAACAAAUAUAAGGAGGAUCAGAAAGUUAGCUGGCAUGCAACCCCAUUUGAAGUGAGAUUAGAGAAGGCAUUGUCAGAUGAGACUCUUGUUAAUCCAAUUCCUAGGAGGCUUCAUGAUGGUCGACCCAUACAUUUUGAAGAAUUGGAGGAAGGUGAUUCUGCUAUGUCUAAAAUGAAGACCUCUGCUCAUCCUGAAUCGGUGGUUUCCUUCUAAUGAUUGUUCAAAACAUUGUUGGUCUUUGAUCUUCUGUGAUAGGUUAUUCCAGAAAUUUCCUAGAGAUUUCUUAGCUAAACAUCCUAUUUAGUCCGAACUCUUUUGUUGCUAUCAUUCUGUUUUGAUGAUAAUGCAUCAGCCAGCAUUUGAAUGCUGCUUCUUAUGUACAUAACGUAUUUUUAUAUCUCCCCCAUGGGUUGUUUAGUUUUUGGGGGACAGGGAUACAUCAAAAAACAAGUCUUUUUCGGAUUUCUGCUUUCGUUAUUUCUUGCAGUUAAGAAAUAAUGCUCUGUCUUUGUUUCAGUAUGUUG